AUUGUUCAGCAAAAUCUACGUCUCAGAGUUUCUUCUAGCUACGUUCGAAGGUGAAAUCUGAAACUUGCUCGAGUUCACUGUCGGCCGGGCGAGGUUGAAGCACACUGUCAGUUUUGUUCUGCUGUCUGUCUGAAUUCGGCAACCGAGCUUCGUCGUCGAGCCAAUGGAGUCCAAAACGGAGUUGCAGAAGGAGGUUCUACGUGACAGCCUCGAGGGCACAUUGUCGGAUCAUCCGACCCAAGGCUCGCAUGGCGUCAACUACCACCAUGCUUUUACAGGAACGGAGGGCUACGCGUUCUACAUGCCCACCUUGAAUCUGAUCGGAGUGGGCGCUCUGAACGGAGCUGGAGCUCAGAUCUCCGAGCUCGGAUACAAGAAGGCACUCAUCGUUACCGACAAAGUUUUGGUGAAGGUGGGAGCAGUCGAUGCGAUCACGAAGAUCCUGGACGGGAUUAAGGUCGAAUACGCGAUCUUCGACGGAACGGAGCCAAACCCCACGGACAUUCAGGUCGCCGAAGGCCUGGCUCUGCUGAAGAAGGAGGACUGCGACUUCAUUAUAUCGUUCGGAGGCGGAUCGCCCCACGACUGCGCGAAAGCCAUCGGCGUCCUGGCGACCAACGGAGGCAUUAUACAGGACUACGAGGGUCUGAACAAGACCACGACGGCCAUGCUUCCCGUCGUCGCCAUCAACACCACCGCAGGAACGGGUGCCGAGAUUACACGGUUCGCCAUCAUCACCGACUCAAAGCGCCACGUGAAGAUGGCCAUCAUCGACUGGAAAGUGACGCCGACUAUCGCCGUGGACGACCCCGUGCUCAUGGUUGGGAUGCCCAGAUCUUUGACUUCUGCCACUGGAAUGGAUGCUCUGACGCAUGCGAUCGAAGCGUACGUGUCCACCAUCUCGAAUCCUGUCACCGAUGCAUCUGCUCUCCAUGCGAUGAAGCUCAUCAAAACAUACCUGCGCGAUGCUGUGCACGACGGCAAGAAUAUGAAGGCUCGAGACAUGAUGUCCUACGCCGAAUUUCUGGCUGGAAUGGCAUUCAACAGCGCCAGUUUGGGUUACGUGCACGCGAUGGCUCAUCAGCUAGGAGGCAUGUACAAUCUGCCACAUGGAGUCUGUAAUGCCGUUCUUCUGCCAGUGGUUCAGGAAUUUAAUGCGAAAAAAGUACCGAUUUUAUUCAUCGACAUUGCUGAAGCUUUUGGCCACCAUGAUAUUGGAGAGGAUGCCGACUUGGCCGUCAAGAGGGUUCUGGAUGACAUAAGGUCUCUGAACAAUGACAUCGGCAUCCCAAAAAAUCUGGCAGAAAUGGGGGUUAAACCCGAGGAUUUCGAGCUUCUGGCAGAGAAUGCAAUGAAGGAUGCUUGUGGAUUUACCAAUCCACGUGUGCCUACCAAGGAGGAAGUGAUUGAGCUUUUCCGACUUUCUCACGUACAGUAGGCAGACUAGACUCUCUUAGAACAAGGCGAUGAGUGCUCAGCUGGAAAAGGGCAAGUUCUCCAUCUGCCGGCUGAAGUUGCUGCGGCGUUCUUCUCAGCGGAGUAGAGGGGGACACAACCUCACAUGUAAAAAGGACCAGAAGUCGACGCGAAAGAGACAAGCAAGACGAUUACGACAGACAAUGGAAACAUCGACUGUAGUCAUAAAGGAGUGAGGACCCCAUGCUUCGAGAGGGUGCCAAACACGAGCGAUCGGACAGAUAGGCAAUGUUUCACUCAGCUUUCAGAGCCCGAGAAUUUAUAUCCAGCGUCUUCGCAAUCCAGUCAUGCAUGCUCGAUAGGUGUACUUUAUGAAAGCCUGAAGAUUCUCCUCAGCUCGACCUCUUUUGUUGAUUUGGAGUGGUAGUCGAGCACAAAUUCCCUCUCUGGCGCAACAAGUCUUGAUAGAGUUCCGUUGACUACGAGUUUAGUCAAGAUGCACAUAAUCGAUUGAGGUAGCCUCUCGGAGAAUGAAGCCUUUGAGAGCGGGCGUGACCCCAUGCAACUGCUCUGCCUGAAAGUAGCUUCCUAGAUAUCAUUUUGUACAUAGUCAGGCCUACACUAAACGCUUUAGAAUCUCCGACAUCGAACUGUUUGAUUCUGGCAUUUCCACUGCAUGCCACUUGAUUGAAAUAUUCAUAAAUGUG